UUCAUCACAAUCAUUUAUAUUCAUCAAGAAGAAGGCGUUGACUGUUAAAGAGUUAUGACACUCUUUUGUUGCAAAAGUAAAGGAUAGCUAGAUUGGAAUCUCUUACAUAAAAAUCUUACACGAAACUUUAAAUUGUGGUUGGGUUGCUCACCCAACCCUGACCUAUCUUCUCAUCUCUUCUUAAAUUCAUCUUCCACCUUAAUUUCUUUUCCAUAAUCACCACAAAAUUACUUGAUUAAGUACUCCCUCAAAACCCGAUUACAAAUUAACCCCAUUUCUUGAUUCGUAUUAAGUUUCUUUCUUCUUUGGUAACUAUAUCGAAUUGUGAUAUCGUGAUCUCGAAGGAACUAAUUGCUGUUAUCAAGCAACUAAUCAAGUCAUAUAGCUUUGUUAAACCUUAAAUUGUGUGUGUUAAAGAUUACACUUCUUUUGUCUCUCUAUUUAUCUUACUAGUUCCUUAAAUAUUUGGAAUCAAACAUACAUAAUAGAGUGAGGGCUAGUUUCUCAACUAAUCACAAUAAAUAUCUCUCUUUCUCUCUCUCUCUCUCUCUCUCUCUCCAUUGAAUGCAUCAACUUAAAAGCCCUGCUGAAGUUAGGUGGAAAAGGCAUUGAUAAAGAAGACAAAGGAAGGUUCAUGUUAUGUUUUUGAGCCUUUUGAGGACUCUAGCAAGCUAAGAAGUAAGAAAGUGACUUGCAUGCCAAUUUUGAUGAUGUUAUUUGAAGAUUAAACCAAGAAAAGAAGAUUAUUGAGCAUUUUGAUGAUUUUUUUUUUUGGUAAAGUUUGAUGCUUAAGAGAAGCAGCCAAAUUUUGAGGAUUUCUUUAAAAGUUAUGUUUUGUUUAAUUGUAAGGGGAAAAUAAUCUCUUCAAGUAAACCUACAUUUUCAGUUUUCUUAUACAUUUGGUUUACCUCUUAGGCUAGUUAUACAAGAAAUCUUGUACUAAAAAAAAUGGAUAUUUAUGUAGCCUUGCUAUUGUUUACUGCCGUUACAUCUUACUUGUUAUGGUUCACCUUCAUAUCACGAUCACUAAGGGGUCCACGUGUUUGGCCCUUAUUGGGCAGCCUCCCCGGCUUGAUCGAGAAUUUUGAGAGGAUGCAUGAUUGGAUGGCUGAUAAUCUCCGCGCGUGUGGUGGCACGUACCAAACUUGCAUCUGUGCCGUACCUUUCUUGGCUCGGAAGCAAGGUCUUGUUACGGUUACUUGUGAUCCAAGGAAUCUAGAGCAUAUACUCAAGACCCGGUUUGAUAACUAUCCAAAGGGUCCAACUUGGCAAGCUGUGUUUCAUGAUCUACUUGGGUUUGGAAUUUUUAACUCGGAUGGUGAUACAUGGUUAUUCCAAAGGAAGACGGCCGCCCUCGAGUUCACCACUCGAACCCUCCGCCAAGCCAUGGCUCGGUGGGUCAACCGAGCCAUCCAUGGACGGUUGUGCCCCAUCCUUGAGACGGCUCAGAGUGAAGCUAAACCAGUUGAUAUGCAGGACCUCAUGCUUCGGCUUACUUUUGACAACAUUUGUGGUUUGGCUUUUGGCGGGGACCCUCACACCCUUGUGCCAGGGCUACCAGAAAAUGGAUUUGCAAACGCUUUUGACCGGGCCACGGAAGCAUGCCUCCAACGGUUCGUGUUUCCGGAAAUCAUAUGGAGGCUCAAGAAAUGGCUCCGGCUCGGGCUAGAAGUUAGCUUGAGCCGAAGCCUUGUUAAGAUAGACGAUUACUUGUCUGAAGUAAUUGAUAAGCGUAAGGAAGAGUUGAUGAGCAGGCAAAAGGACUAUGAUGAUUUGCUCUCUAGGUUCAUGAAGAGGAAGGAAUACUCAUCCUACUCGGAUAAGUUCUUGCAACACGUGGCAUUAAACUUCAUCCUAGCUGGACGUGACACGUCCUCCGUGGCGCUGAGCUGGUUCUUCUGGCUAGUGAUACAGAAUCCCAGAGUUGAAGAGAAGGUCUUGCUUGAGAUAUGCACUGUCCUGACAGAAACACGUGGCACUGACACGGCAAAAUGGGUGGAUGAGCCGUUGGAUUUCGAGGAGGUGGAUCGUCUUGAGUACCUUAAGGCAGCAUUGUCAGAGACCCUACGGCUAUACCCAUCAGUCCCGGAGGACUCGAAGCAUGUGAUGGCUGACGACGUGUUGCCUGAUGGUACAUUCGUGCCAGCAGGGUCGUCGAUAUCAUACUCGAUAUACUCUGCAGGAAGGAUGCAGAGCACAUGGGGAGAGGACUGCUUAGAGUUCAAGCCAGAGAGGUGGUUAUCCCCUGAUGGUACAAAGUUCAUCAUGCAUGAUCAUUUCAAGUUUGUGGCUUUCAAUGCAGGGCCAAGAAUUUGCCUAGGGAAGGAUUUGGCUUACCUACAGAUGAAAUCGGUGGCAGCCUCAGUUUUGCUCCGCCACCGUUUGGCCGUGGCGCCAGGGCAUAAGGUGGAGCAAAAGAUGUCAAUGACAUUAUUCAUGAAGCAUGGGCUUAAGGUGGAUGUGCACCAAAGGGACCUAACCCAAGUAAUUGCAAAUAUGAAGCAAGAGAAAGAAAAUUAACUGUCAGAUAACAGAAGAAUUCAGGGUUUUUACUGCAGUAAAUGUUAUUAUGGCUCAAUUUUAUUAAGGUGGAUGUGCACCAAAGGGACCUAAGCCAAGUAAUUGCAAAUAUGAAGCAAGAGAAAGAAAAUUAACUGUCAGAUAACAGAAGAAUUCAGGGUUUUUACUGCAGUAAAUGUUAUUAUGGCUCAAUUUUAAGGGGAGAGCAUGGAAAGAUAGAAAGGUACGUUACAAUUAAUAUGUGAGCAGCGGAUGAAUCACACACAACAUGGGUUUGAAUAAUUACUGAGGAUUAAAGGGGCUCGCUUUGAUACAGCUGUUUGGUGUUGUAAUUCAUGGAAAACUUGUAAUUUGUAUUCAGAUUUCAGAGGGCAUUUAUAGUCCUGUGUUUUUUGGGCCAACCACCCUACAAUAGUAGGGCACCCCUUAGAAACAUUUGUUCAGCCAAUUCUUUUUCAAUUUUGGUUUAAUUUGUUUAUUGACAUUUUGUAAUUACAGUAUAAUAUUUGAAGUAAUAAUAAAGUCUAAUUUUCAUUCUUCA